AUGGCGUCAACCGCAGAUGACGCCGUGAUUGACGUUGAGGAGGACGAGGAAGAGGAGGAAUUACCGUUUCGUUGGGGCGAUCCGGCUCCCGGCCCGAGUCGCGGCGGCAAGCGGUUUUACCUGUGGUUCGAGCAGGGAGGGGAGCGGUUCGACAUUUACGACUGCGUGUACUGCCAGGCAGAAGAGGGGAUGGACCCGUACGUGGGGAAGAUCGUGCGCAUGUACGAGCUCCCCCCCAGCCGCCGCGGAAAGCGCAACAGCAUCGGCGGAAAGCCAGGCGAGCGCAAGGUGGACAUCCGCUGGUUCUUCCGCGCGGCUGACGUGCAGGCGGAGGGCGGGGAGCUCCCAAGGGACGUGCGCCCCAACGAGGUGUUUCUGGCCGUUCCCGAGGGCACCCAAGGUGUUACUGACGCCAACAAAGUGAUAGUGGUGGACUCACGGGCGCGCAUACUGUGCGUGUCAAAGGACCCGCGCAACCCACAGCCGAGUGCAGCGCAGGUGGAGGCAGCAGAGCUGGUGUUCUGCCGUGCGUGGGACAUGCAGCAGAAGCACGUGCUGGAGGACCUUCAGGUGGCUAUUGACGACUUGGGCUCAGAGGAGGCAGUGUUCAACAAGUCGGCAUGGGUGCAGCAGCAACCGACCGUUGGGGCGACAGCAGGGGAGGAGGAGGACAGAGCUGCAGGCAAGGAAGCAGGAGGCGCGGUUACAGGGGGUGCUGAGACAGUCAGAGAGGAGAAGGAUGGUGCUGUGAGAAACGACACGGACGUGAAAGGGGGAGAAAUGGGGACGGAGGAGGAGCGAAGGGUUGGGGAAAGCGGAGGAGGGGAACAGAAACGGCUAAGCAAGAGGAUGAAGGUGGAAGGGCAGGUGGGGGAAAAGGGCGGGAAGCAGAGCAAGGAGAAGAAGGCGGGAGACCCGUGGGAUCUGGAGGAGGAGGAGGAGGAGGAAGUGGAGGAAGGGCAAGAGGAUGGGCAAGUGGAGGAGGAGGAGGAGGGUGUAGAAAAGGAAGAGGAGGAGGGCGACGGGGAAGAGGAGGAAGAGAGAGGGGAAUUGAGGAAAGAAGGUUCAAAGGAAGGCUUAAAGGAAGCUCCCGCGAAGUCAAGUGCACUGAAACUGUUGACUGAGAAAUCGGCCCUGGCAGGGCAGGCAGGCACGGGUGGGCUCAGGCAGGGAUUGCCGCAGGGGUUGCAGCCUGCAGCAGCCCCUGAUGGGCCCGGGUCUCGAGCCAAACUGCCUGUCCGCCCCUCCCAGAAGAAGCUCCCCCGGAUAACACCUCCCCCUGGGGCUGUGACUGCUGGGCCGAGAGGAGGAGGGGUAGGUGGAGAGGGAGGAGGAGGUGGGGGAAAAGGGGGAGGGGGAGGGGGAAAGAAGAAGGUUGCUGGUGUGUUGUCAUUGGCCAAUGUUCCGGCCAAUAGGAGGAGUUUGUUUGAGAAGCUGCAAGGGAAGAAGAAGGGGCAGGGAGCAGGGAGGGUGGGUAAGGGAGGAGAAGGGAUGAGGGGAAGAGAGAGGAGUGCUGAGAGAGAAGGGAAGCUGCCAGAGGGACAAGAGGUGGUGCCGCUGGGGAGGAGGAUAGAGGAGGAGAGAAGGAAAGAGGCGAGGAUGAAAUUGGAGGAGAGGAGGAAAGAGGAGGGAGGGAAGCCUGUCAGUGAUGCAGGUGCUGCUACGGCUGCUGCUGGUGCUGCUGAUUCUGCUGCUGCUGCUGCUGCUGCUGCUGCUGCUGCUGCUGCUGUUUCUGGAAUGGAAAAAGCAGCAGUGCAAGCUGACCUCGCAACUGUCCAAUCAGAAGCACCGGAAUCUGCCACGUCAGAGCCAGGUGCUGCUGACAUGGCGCCGGCUGAGGUGGUGGAUUUAGAGAAGAGAGAAAGCAAGGGUGACGCGACUGAAAGGGGAAUUGCUGGUGCGGGAAUGGAAGGGAAGAGCGGAACGGAGACUGCAGUGCCUAAGGAGAGCGUUGAUCGUGAGGGUUUGGAGGUGAAGUCAGAGAGCGAGAAAAGGGACGAGAGUGAGAAAAGGGACGAGAGUGAGGAGAAGAUGGAACAGCAUCAUCGAGGGGGCGUUGGUGGAACAGCGGCAUUAUUGAGGGGGCGUUGGAGGAGCAGCGGGUGGUUCGCAUUGACAGCAUCCCUCACCUCUCGCUCAUUCACCCCUCCACUGCCCACGUCCCUCCCUCCGUCGCCCCUGCAGUGGAACGGCAUCAUCGAGGGGGCGUUGGAGGAGCAGCGGGUGGUUCGCAUUGACAACAUCCCUCCCUGCACCUCGUCGCAGCAGCUGCACGUGAGUCACUGUCAGCUGCACGAGGCCAUGCUUGAGCUCUUCUCAGACGUGGUGGCGGUGCGGGUGCAGCCGGCCACCACGCCCAUUCCCCCCAUCGCCAUUCACGCCUUUGCCAUCUUCCGCACCGCUGCUGCCGCCGCUGCUGCUGUGCUCUUCCUCUCAGCCAAAUGCGUCGUGCCCUCCCACUCUUCCCGCCCUCUGAUUGGUCGCCUGCAGCGCCCACCAGCAGAGGCGCCAUCAGCGGUGGAUGCACCCUCGGCCUCUCUGGUGUCGCACGGCCCAGGCUACUUCACCAUCCGCAACAAGCGUGGCGGCCCCGGGCAGUACUCAGAUGAGAAGGUGAGGCGGGAGACAUGCUAG